GAAAAUGCUUGACUCUUUGUUCGCAGGUAAAAGGAAUGAGUUAUCAAAAGCUUUGAAGAAGCAGGGCGCUAAGAAGAAGGUUAACCCAGAUACGCCUUCUAAGGCUGGGACACCUCCUCCAAAAACACCUGGAGGUACCACUCCUAGAGGUAAAACUCCAGGAGGUAAAACCCCAGGUGGUAAGACUCCAGGUGGGACGACAACUCCUAGAGUCGAAGAUGAUGGAAAAACUCCUGAACAGAGAAUUAAUGAGAAGAAGAGAGGUCCCCAGACAACUCCAUACGGACAUGAGUCUACUUUUGUUCCAGAGAGUAGAGACAUUCAUGAAGUUAAAUACAAAGGUAUCAGGAAAUCAUAUCGUUUUGAUAAGGAUGCUACGCUAGGCUCCCACAUUCAGGAUAGGUUGAAAGAAGAAAUUAUUGAAGAUUUUCGAUUAACAAAGCAAUACAAAGCUACAUUAACUAAAGCUCAGAAAUAAGGCUCUUCCACCAGAUAGGGUUUUGAGACUUGAACGAUUUCGAAAAUCAGCAAAGAAAAUUGACUUUGAUCCUCGUGUGGAUGAAUAUACUAACCCAAAGCCUGAUCCUUACAUUUAUAAUAUGGGAUACAACCAAACUACAGUUCCAACUCUUGUUCCUGAGAAGCCGCCUGAAUUUACUGGAAAGACAGGGUAUUAUGGAAAGCAGGGAACUUAUACCUUGCCAACUACCACAAAUAAAGAUCACCCAGUUUAUCAUGAUAUGAAGAAGUACAACCCUAAAUUCUCAUAUAACAAUGACCUUGUUCAUACAAAUCUUGCCAAAACUAUUGUAAGAGAAGAAGAGAACAAGUGGAGAGGAACCAAAGAUCUCAGAACUUUGAGUAGGAACUUCACAUCAUUAUCAAAGAAAGAGCUUGAAGAAAUGGCUAAGAAGAAAAUUGAUAAAAGAUAUCGAUACCUAGACUUUGAUCCAGAUACUGACCUUAUGCCUGAGGAAGUCAAUCCAUAUGAUUCUUCAAUGAGAGCAACUGUUUAUAAUCCUUUUGGGAAAUUAUUAGGGAAUCCAACUUUAAAGACACCUUAUAGGAAGGAUAGAGAGUUAGGAAUUGCUAUUGAGGAUAAGCCAAAACUGAUUACCUCAGAGACAGCCCAUCUUUAUAGUGCAGGAGGUUUUCCACCAGCUACUGGGACUGGAAGAUCUGAUCAUUAUGGCGCUACACCGAGACUACAAUCAUCUAGAAGAUCUAUGCCAAACCUCCACAGUUCUCAAAAUAUAGAAGAAUUAGCUCCUCCGAGGACAUUUCAUGAAGUCCAAGAAAGGAAAGCUAUGUAUUUAGGUGAGCCUGGUCAAAAAUUUACUUAUGCUGCUUUAAAUACAGAAGUGGACAACAAUAUUGUAAGAUCUAUUCAUCCUCCUACUCAGCCAUUUCAUAUGAGGACUGCUCGGAGUAAAAUUCCUACUUCAACAAUGAACCCAACUUUUGUUCCUCCAUCAAGAAUGAAAUCUGGAUUUGUUACUUCGUCUUAUAAUCCUGGAAAUAUUAAGCCUUCCACUUCUCUACAACCACUGAUUGAAGGGAUGUUUGAUAAGGAUCCUUAUGGGACCCCAGGGCCUCUUCCUGAAACAGCUCUAAGAGAACCAACAGCUAUUUAUAUCCAACACUACGCUUCAACUGCUGAGGAAUGAAUGAUCAGAUACUUUAUGGACACUUUUUCGAUAGAGAAAUAGCGUUUUUAGGUACACAAUUCCUAAAGAUGUAACUUCGAUACAAAUUUCUCCCACGCAAAUUUUUCUAUGAGGUGGAAUUAAGCAUGGAACAAGGAACACUCCUUCUGCUUUUUGAGGUAUCUUUGAGUGCAUCACUGGAGAUCUAGUGCUUCUUCCAGAAAUGAAUAUCCCUCGGUUUGGUCAUGCAGCUGAGUAUCUUAACAAUGAGAUCUAUGUCAUUGGAGGUACUGACCAAUCCAAAAAUGCAACUAGUUCUGUUGAGAAAUUUAGUAUGAUCAGCCAAGAUUGGACAUUCAUCACUCAGCUUAAGUAUCCUAGAUCUAAGCUUCUCUCAUGAACUUCUCACGAAUCCAGCAGCAUUUAUGUAACCGGUGGAAUUGAUAAAAGAUCGAAAGAGGUUAUUAUGGAAAGGUAUUCCCCGCACACAGAAAGCUGGCAAGAAAUAGAAAUUGUGCUAGAUUUUCAAAUCAUAGCUGACCGUACACAUAUGUGCAUUUAUAACGAAAGUACUAAGCCUGCUCCUGAUACCCGUUCAGAGGCAGUUUAUGAUCCAGACGAUAAAUUAAUCUUCAUUCACUAUGAUAAUAUUGUCUACCCAGUUCCGGAUAUUUAUUUUCUAAGCAUCGGCCAGGGUGUGAUCGAAGAACUGAAAUAUGAUAAAACUAAUUCAGCGAUUUCAACUUAUUACAAGAAAAGAGUUGUUUAUGAUAAGCAGCUGAAAAAGAUCAUUGCCUUCAGCGGAAGCAGCUACACUGUCGUUGAUAUUUUAGACGUUAAUGAAGAGUUCUGCUUCUGGCAACCCUUUGAAUUCACUAAGUAAAUGUACUAUAUAUUUAUAUUUCAAAAAUA